CUUCUUUGUGCUAAACUGUUUAGCAUAAAACAUUUCUGUCAGUCACUGCUUUAAAUUGUCUCUUUCAGAGCUCUGUGGACUUUUUCGUUGAAGAUUUUUUGGUUCAAGGAUUAUUCUUAGCUGAGCAUUACGUAAUCAUCUCUUUUUUCAGUUUCAAAGAUUUUGAAACUGAAAAAAAAAAUUGAAAAAAACGAAAAAAAUUCAAUUCAAGAUAAAAUCGCUAUUUUAAUUGUAUUGCCUCUGAAUUAAAUCAUUCUUUUGAUUAUCUGGUUAAAUCAGCAGACUGAAUAUUGUGAUUUUCAAAGAUGGCUUCUAAAGUUGAAGAAUUUAUGAUAAAACCUGAAAAUGUUUCUCCCACAAAUGAUUCAUCCAAAUGGCCUUUAUUAUUGAAAAAUUACGAUAAAUUGAAUGUUAGAUGUGGUCAUUAUACUCCAAUUCCCUUUGGUACUUCUCCCUUGAAAAGAGAUUUAAAGAAUUAUAUUGCAACUGGUAUAAUAAACUUAGAUAAACCCUCAAAUCCAUCUUCUCAUGAAGUUGUCGCAUGGAUCAAAAGAAUCUUGAGAGUUGACAAAACUGGUCAUUCAGGUACUUUGGAUCCAAAAGUCACUGGUUGUUUAAUUGUCUGUAUUGAUAGAGCAACCAGAUUAGUCAAAUCUCAACAGGGUGCUGGUAAGGAAUAUGUUUGUGUUGCUAGAUUGCACAACGAAUUGCCUGAUGAGAAACAAAUGGCCAAAACUUUGGAAAACUUAACUGGUGCUUUAUUCCAAAGACCCCCAUUGAUCUCUGCUGUUAAAAGACAAUUAAGAGUUAGAACAAUUUAUGACUCAAAAUUAAUUGAAUUUGAUAAUAAAAGAAACUUGGCUGUCUUUUGGGCUUCAUGUGAAGCUGGUACUUAUAUGAGAACUUUAUGUGUUCAUCUAGGUAUGUUAUUAGGUGUUGGUGGUCAUAUGCAAGAGUUGAGAAGAGUUCGUUCUGGUGCUCUAUCCGAAAAUGAUAAUUUGGUCACUUUACAUGAUGUUCUAGAUGCCCAAUGGGUUUAUGAUAACACCAGAGAUGAGUCCUAUCUAAGAAGAAUUAUACAACCUCUAGAAACUUUAUUACUUGGUUAUAAAAGAAUAGUUGUCAAGGACUCUGCUGUCAAUUCAGUCUGCUAUGGUGCUAAAUUGAUGAUGCCAGGUUUAUUGAGAUACGAAGAUGGUAUUGAAUUAUUUGAUGAAGUUGUCUUGAUCACCACAAAGGGUGAAGGUAUAGCAAUUGCUAUUGCUCAGAUGUCCACUGUUGAUAUUGCUUCCUGUGAUCAUGGUGUGGUAGCCAAAGUCAAAAGAUGUAUCAUGGAAAGAGAUAGCUAUCCAAGAAAAUGGGGUUUAGGUCCUGUUGCUUCAAAGAAAAAACAAUUGAAAAAAGAAGGAAAAUUAGAUAAAUAUGGUCGUACUAACGAAAAUACCCCAGAUUUCUGGAAAUCUGGUUACAAAUCUUUUGAUCCAGCUGAAUCUUCAACCACUCCUAUUAUUUCAGAGGUCAAAUCAGAGCCCAACACUAAAACCGAAGAUAUUGAAAUGAAAACUGUUCCUGCAGUUACUGCUGAACCAGUUGUGGAAACCCCAGCUGUUUCGAAGCCUGUGUUCCAGGAAGAUAGCCCUCUGAAUAGUUCAACAGCAGCUGAAUUUUCUAAAAAAGUGAAAAAGGAAGUAAAAGAGAAAAAAGAAAAGAAAGAGAAGAAGGACAAGAAAGAGAAGAAGGAUAAAAAGGAAAAAAAGGAUAAGAAAGACAAGAAAUCCAAAAAGAGAAAAUCCGAAGAAGAGGAUGGAGAGAAGAAAAAGAAAAAAAAGAAAGAAUAACUCAACAAAAAUUCACAUAGCCAUAAAUUGAAUUAAAUUAAAAUUAUAAAGAAUAUAUUUUAUUGAUUUUUUUAUAAAUUUCACCUUUUUUUUAAGUCCCACCUUUUAUUUAUGUAGUUAAUGUAAUAUAUAAAAAUUUCUCCCAAACCAUUAAUUAUUAACACAAAAAGUCAAAAUCAUAUACCAAAACUAUAAAAACUAAAUAUAUAAAAAAAAAAUUUAUUACCUAAAACUCUGAUUAAAACCCUGGAAUAAAUAAAUAUCAAUUAUCUAAUUU